GUCGACGUAUUAUAACCUCGACACAAUCAGGAAGUCCGGCCGUUUUUCCUCCGUGAUUGAGACAGAAAACUUUGUCACAAAGGGAAAGGAUCGGGUUUUAGCGAUUAGUAAUGAGGUCGUCGUUGUUCACCCGGAACACCUGGAUUUUGAUUUAAGAGAAAUGGAUGUUUCUCACCUCACUGAAGAUGAAAUGGCAGAGAUAAAGAAAGACGUGCUGACCAGACUGCGGCAUUACCUCUGUGACAAAAUCAGAGCAGACCGCCACCUGGACUACCUGCGUUCCCGGAGGAUCCUGACCCGGGACGAUGCGGAGGAGAUAAGCUGCCGUACCACGCAGACCAAGAGGACGGCAACGCUGCUGGACAUCCUGGCUGAGAAUCCUCGGGGUCUGGACGCACUGAUUGACUCCAUCCGGGAGAUGCGCUCUCAAAACUUCAUCAUCACUAAAAUCACAGACGAAGUGCAAAAAGCAAAAAACGAGAAGAUCGAGUCUCUCAGAGCUGCGGGGGCUUCCAGUUCAUCCUCUGACAGCAGCUUUAGCACUCUAACCACAACGACUGACCUCCCCAACACCUUUUCAAACAACUCCACCCUCCUGUUCCACCCAGACGGGGAGCGAAGCCCUUCCACUUCAGACCUCGCCAGCUCUCUCAACGUGUCUUUGUUACAGAAGUGCGGAGACUUGCCCUCUGUGGCCGGGGCCAGCCUCGGUGUGGCACCCUCCUCAAACUCCUCCAGCCUCCCCAGGCCGGGAGACCCUGGGGCUCCUCCGCUCCCAGACGAGAUCAUGGCAGAGUCGCCCUCCAACAUAGACGCCACGUCGCCGGGAUGCACCAGCAGUGGAGGAGAUCCUAAUUUCCAGCCUCUUCGGUCACGCUCGCUCACCCCAACAUCACACAUUCCUCAGUUCACUUCUCUGUAGGACACUUCUCAUCCAGGGACAGACCAUUUAAUUCAAUAAGCACACCCAUUGUCUCUUCUUGUUACUUGUGCCUUUCACUGGCGGAACAUGAUGUACGUGAAACUAUAUGUUACCAAUAGGCAUGGGCCGCUGUGAGGUUCUCAUCAUGCUACUUACUCAAACAUUUUGAAAUUUAUAACCUGAUCUAUGUACUUUGAUGCAAACAAAUAAUUUUACCAUCAUAUGCUGCUAAAAUAAUGUAAUGUGUUGAUGUUUUCUUCCUUAUUUUGAUUUUAAUACAUAAUCUCUGAGAUAGAAUAAACACCUGCUAAAAUUAGAUGUAGUUUUCAAGUGCUUAUGUUACACCUUUUUGCAAUUUCCUCUUUCGUACAAGAGUGCAGUUUCAAAUCAUUUUUACUGUAAAGAGUGAUUCCCCACCAUGACCGGGCAUGUUUUAUUGCCACUGAGAUCCUCUAAGAGCUGGCAAAUCUGGCUUUUAUUGCAAGCAGCCGUUCUUCAGCUGAAGGCAGUGAGCAGCAACAGGUGAGGGUGGGGAAACAAAUCACUGCACUCACAGCCUGAGAAAACCUCAAACACUCAAACACUUUAUCUGCUGUUAGAUGAAAAGAAUUUUGAAUCAAAGGAGAAGUCUGAUUUCAAACUUUUGACAUGUCUUGAUAGGAUUCCUUUAGUUUUCACAGCUUACAGGGUUCCUACACAAUCUGAAAACAUAUGCUUUCUGAUCUCAGUAUUUUCCAGGUCUAAAAAAUUGUGGAAAAAGAAAAUGUGGUAUGGAAGAAAAUGUGUAUUUUCAGAUUAAAUUAUCUUGUCUGUUUGUAUUCCUCCUUUCUUUCUCCCUUCUGUAUCUCCUUCAUUCUUUCCUUUCUUCCUUAUGUCCUGUUUUCCACCUUUCAAACUAUCUCAUUGAAAUCAUUCCUUGCUUUUAACCUUGUGUCCUGGUUUUCUCCCUCCUUCCUUUAAAUAACUUCUUUCCUUCAUUUCAUCCUUGUGUUCUUCCUUCCCUCUUCCCUCACUUAUCCCUCCUGCUUUAUUUUCUUUUUUGUGUUCUUAACUCCCUCCGUCCCUCUCUUUUAUCCCACUUUUUCACCUUUUUACAUUCUUGUGUCCUGUCCUUUAUUUCCUUUUUCUUUUUAUCCUUCCGCUUUCUUCUUUUUCUUUUCUGUUUCCUCCCUCCCUCAUUAUAUCCCUCCUCAUUUUUUUCCUUCCAGCCCUGUGUCCUACCUUCCCUUAACGCUUCUACUUUCUUUCGUUUCUUUCCUGUAUUUCUUCUCUCCCUAUUCCCUUCCUUUUUCCUCAUGUCAUAAUGGAGUUACUCCCUAACUCCAUUAUCUCAUUCUUCCUUUCUUUAUUUCUUCCUUGAACCUUAGCGACUUUUGGCUUUACUCAGUUACCAAAAUCUCAGCUUGCUCCUGUUGUUUCUGUGGCAGUCAGACAAAAGAAUUUUAUUUGCAAUGUAGGAAUGGUAUGAUGGGAACUUUUAGCAUUUUUGCAAACUAACUUUUCUAAAUAGAAACAAAUUUUUAUAGCAGUACAUGGCCCAUGCCUAGACAUAACUACUCUUGUCGAUGUUUUCAUAAUGAAAAUGAAGGUAUUUAGCCUCAUAAUGUGUGUGUAUUUUGGACUCUGGCGCAACAAAAUAUUUUUUUAGUAUACAUAUAUUUAAAUGUUUUAACACAAAAAGAUAUGUAAAUGUGUUGUCCAAAUGAAUUGUACUACUGAAAAAUAACAAAUUAUAUAUUGCAACCAGAGAAAAUGUUCCAACUGCAAACUUUUAUUUUGCAAUGGUUCCAAUUAACAUCAUGUCAUAAAUUCCACCCUUUAUGUAAAAAUCGCAGAAAAUCUGAGUCACCAAUAGAAGCCUGGUCUACUUUUUCUUCUCAUAUUUGAGGUGUGAUUUCUUCAGAAAUUGUUGGGUGUGAAAACAUGGCAGCUGCAGUUUAGUUGAUGGAAGAGGUGUUUCCUGUUGUUUCUGUGCAUUACUGCAAGUGAACAAGAAUUUAUGUCACAGUAUCUUCACUACAAGUCUACAGUCAUAAAACACAAUGUGAAUGAUUAAUAUCCUUCUUUCUUGCAGAUCUUUGCAUAUGACUUGUAUUUGUUGUAUCCUAAAUAUUUCAAAGGAUCAGAUAGUGUUUUUUUUUUCUUUGAAUAUGUGGUUUAUAAGGCAGCUGUGUGGCAGACAGUGGCAGUUUUUGCAUUUUGGUGAUUUAUGGGCUGAAGAAGUAGGAACACUUCUUCAUUUAAUGGUAGAAAUAUAUAGAAAUAAGUCACAACUGCACAGGAACAUGGCCAUUCAUGGGAUAAAAACUAUGAAACAAAACAAAAAGAAAAAAUACAUGGCUAAUCAGAAACAUUAAGACUUAAUCCUUAUAUUUUGGUUUUAUGCUUUACCUACAGUGAGGUGGCCCUAAUGUCAAGAAAACAAAGGCAAUUGUUAUGUGUGCGUGUGUUUCUUUACAAUUAAAGGUUUGACAAAUAUAA